GUGGUUUAACAAUCCUAAUCCAGAAUGAUCCAGUGAGUCAGAUUUAAUCCAGAUUAAAACCAGUGACUCACCGUCUGAGAGUCAGAGUGAAAACAUACACAGGCGGAUGAAUUAUAAACAAGCUGCUGGAUAUUUGAGAGUGUAAAACUCUGAUUGUUUUUGGUGUGUCUGUUACUGGAUUACCAUUGUUUUAACUGGGAUUGAGCUGAAGCACAUGGCGCUGCUGAGGUCAGGCUGGCUGUGGAGGCAGACUUCUGUCCUCAAACGCUGGAAGUUUAACUGGUGUGACCUUUGGAUUGAUGGGAGUCUUUGCUUCUACAAGAACGAGAGCAGGAGAGAGCUGGAGCAACGGGUCAGCCUCAAGAUCACCUGUGUGGACGUGAGGUCAGGCCUCGAAUGUGGAGGACUGUCUCCUCCAGAGAGUAAUCCCAGGGAGAAUCUGAUCGUGGUUCAGCUCGCUAACGGCUCCACGGUUAACCUAUGUGCGAACAGUGAGGAUGAAUCCAUAGCGUGGAAACUGACUCUGCUCGACACCAGGAGAAACCCGGUGUUUCAAUACGACCCAUACGAUGAUUCAUACGAAGCUAUCCCCAUCAACAGCUACCACACCGUCUACAUCACACCUGGAGCAGGACCAGGGACCCACCAGGUUCUGGUUCAGAGGGACCCGUUUGAUGGGGUGAUCGAGCGCAUGGCUCUGGGGGUACUGGCCGGGAUGGCAGCAGGGACGGCCCUGAGAUCCUUCCUCUUCAUGCCCUUCUUCUUCUGCUGAGCUCCAUCACUAACAAGGAAGCACACUUCCUGUCUGUGGACAGAAACUACCCUCCGUUUUUGUACCGGAUACUUCAAAUGUAUUCCUGCUGCUCUUCUGGUUCUGUCUUUAUGCACUUUAGAAUACAACCCUUAAGGAGCAAACAUGUCUCCUGAUACUAGUGAACCUCAUGUACCGGUGAGCAUUUGCAAACGCCAUGACAUUUUGUCUGUAAUUCUUUAAUUUGCUGCCUGAAUUUUACACUUCACAUCUUGAAAAUGUGUCUUCGGUGAUCAUAAACACUUUAUGUAUUAAAAAUAUAAAACGUGAAGCUGAUUCAAAAUGAUUGCCUGGAUGCAUACAGAAUAACUAAUGCAUUUAACUACAUGGUGUUAGUUUGCUAAACCAAUCCCAACUAUCUUUGCAGAUCUGUUCACACAUACUUUUGUGAUUUCAUCCAUGGAUUCUUUUUGCCAUUUCUGCCUGUGCUUGCUUACAGAUUAAAGGUAAUUUGCCUCUGCUGAAGAAGACCUGAGAGCUCAGGAAAUAGGUUAUAAGUGGACCUUAAAUUGGGAUCAUUUGCAAGAUCAAGAAGACAUUUAGAAGGGAAACGUUUGAGUGAUAGGUCACAAUGAGUUUAUGAUGCUUCAGAUGAAAUCAUGAUGAUUUAUGUGUCAAAAUAAGGCUUAAAAGCAGCAGACAAAGUGAGUAAGGUCUCCUUGUUUAAGGCCAGAAUGAGCUCUCAUAUUUAAUGCAUUUGCAAAAGCACAGUCACAUUUCAAAGUAAAACGUUGGACAAAGUUGGAUUCCUGUAUUCAU